UCUAGCCACCUUAAAACUAACGGUGCUCCUUGCUAUCACUCUUGUGUAUACCUCCCUGGCCCAACGCAGACUAUGGCUCCCUCAAAGAGUGACGACACUCCGGAAGUGUCCCAAAAGAGUGCUGAUGCUCCUCAGCCCCCCAAAAAUGAAUCAGUCUUGACGGAAAAGGACCAUGCCGAGAUUGCCUUCACGGACAAAUACAGCUCACCCGACGUCUACAUCAACGGCGAAAACGAUACCUUGUGGUUUCCAUGGGUAGGCCCAAUCGAGCUGAAGCCACUACGCAUGGAAACCAGGACUGGAACCUUCGUGGUUGUCCUGCGAUCCCCCGUCGAUGCGUGGCUGGGCAAGCACCGACAUCGCGGAAGUGUAACUGCAGUCACCGUCUCGGGAAAUUGGAGAUAUAAAGAGUAUGAUUGGGUUGCCAGACCAGGAGACUACGUGGUCGAAAACCCUGGCACGAUUCACACACUCUUCGUCAGCGGUGGUACUGAGAUUGUGUUUACGAUUACUGGCAGUCUCGAGUUCUUCAACGACGAUGACAGUCUAAAGAACACCAUGGAUAUUUUUACCUUUUCAAAGAUGUACUAUGACCACUGCAAGGAGAAGGGGUUGAAGCCGAACGAUGGGCUGUGGUAUUAA